GCAUGUUGGCACUGACAAAUCACAAACUUAGCUUUCCAUAGCUUGGUAAAUUUUAAAAAUCCAUAGCCCAGUUCUAAUAAAGCAAUAAACUUUCAAAUCAUGAAAAUUUUCACAAGCAUUUUGCCACUGACUCAUUUAUGGCACUGAUCUGAUUUACACAAAAAUUAUCUCGAAUAAGAAAAAAAAAUCUUUUUGCUAUUUCUAAUUAUUUAAACACUUAGUCACGAUAGUUAAAAAAGACAAUGUAACAUUACCUCCUAUUGUGUUCAAUGGGUAGGAUCCCCCAUUCGUUUUCAUAGUACGGAUACAUCACGACUUAAUUAAAGUAAAUCAAUGAUAAUAUUAGAAGAUCCACGAAUAUCUUCCGUUGUUGCGAACAAACUAGACUAAAUGAAGUUAAUAAAAGACAUACAACAAACACUCAUUUUAAUGUUGUUAUCUAAUUUUUCAUGAGAAAUUCAGUGCAUGUGUGUAUAUCCAACACAUUGUUAGGUAUGAGGGCACUGAUAAGAACUUGUGAAGUAGUUGUAAUUAUAUUUCUUUCUCCUUAUCAUAUUAUACGUGAAUUUCACAGAGAAAACUUACACUUAAAGUACAAAGCGUGUGCAUGCGAUUAAAAAAAAAAUGAAUGAAAAUAAAAAGAGCAGAGAAAGUGCCAAUAAUGUCAAUAUUUAGGUUGCCGGAUGAUAAACAAACCUUGUCUGUUUGACGAAAGCAAUGAUAUUUUCUACGCAAUAUUUGUGAAAAACAGGAUUUCCCCGGCAAUAUUCGUCCAAUUGUUUAUUUUAAAUCGUAAGUGACGAAAAGCAUGCGAAGAAGCUCGAAAUUGAGACGAAAGGAAUCGAAAUAGCUAUGAAGUUACACGAAUUGAUGAUCAGUGAAGUAUUCAGUAAAGAUGUGUAAAAAAUAUCUACGACAAAAAUCUAUUUCAAUAAGUAAAAUGUAUGAAAAAGCUUGAAAGCUCAUGAAAGUUUUCUGGCAAGCACUUUUAUCCUUAAUACACCUCAAUUGAGCGUGUAAACGAGACAAAUGCACUUUCGCAUAAUGUUACUAAUUAUAGAUCGUGUCAUCUGGCAAACGAUCAGAAUCGCACAAAACGUAUAAAAGUGGAUUGAAAUAUAAGGGUAGCUCGCAGAAGUUGUCUUAAAAGUCAAGUGUAAUUUUUCUAUCUAGCUUAUUUUUUUUUUACUUAUACAAGUUGCAAUCAAUUUUUUUUAUUUCUUCUAAAAAAAGUUCGAUUGAAAUCGAGUAAUUAUGUCAGCCGCAGUAGCGCAACGAUCAUCAAGAGAAAGAUCUACUCCAAUUAGGAGAGAUGUAAGAUUUUCUCGAACACCAGAACGUCAUUACUUACAUCCAAAAUAUGAACGUCCAAUUACACCGGAAUACUUUAAACACUAUUACGAUCACUCAUUGGGUGGCCUAGUAAUUGAAGCUCAUGUUCAUGGCUUGCCAGCACCAAAUGUCAAAUUCUACAAAGACAAUCAUUUACUGCACGCACGCCGUAACAAAAUCGUUUUCUUUAUUGAAAAUAAAGAAAUUUAUCAAUGCUUGAUGGUUCGUCCGGAUGCAAGUGUUACAGGAACAUAUACAAUUUUAGCUGAUAAUGCAGCUGGAAAACGACGAUUUGAUCAUCAUGUUGAUUUUGAGACCAAAUAUCCAUUGAUUCAUUUACCGGGAAUGUAUCAUGCUGAUAAGAAUCUUGAUGAUUUUGUUGAUGACAUGAUUAGUAGAGUUCCAAAAGCGCCUGAAGAAGUUCCAAAAGCGCCUGAAGAAGUUCAGCCACAACCUGAAGUGCCAGUAGAACAACCACCAGUUGAAAUCAUCGAGAAAAAUGAAGAAAUUGAAAAAGUAGAAGUCCCACAGCCACCAAAACCUGAAGAAAUUGCUGAAGCGCUGCAAACAGUCGUAGAUGGAACAACCGUUGAAGGAGAAAAACCAGUCGAGGCAGAAAAACCAAAGCAUAAAUCCAAGUCCAAGUCUAAGCAUAGAAAGAAGAAGCGUGCACACAGUCCAAAAAUUGAUUCCGACUUAAUUAAUGAUGGCGAGGAUGAAGCUACUGACGCCGAAAUACCUCCAGAAGAACCAUAUAAGAGAAAAUUCUCAACUGUCGUUCAUGAAUCUUAUGAAACUGAAGAAUUCAGAAUUUUCAAUAAUAAACAAAAAAUUUGGUUCUCUGGAAAUUUACGAGACCAAACUGUCAUUGAAGGAUCGACAAUUAAAUUAAUUUGUGCUGUAUCUGGACCCUUGCCAAUCAUCAAGUGGACGAAAAAUGAAAGGCCUAUUAAUUGGGGUCAAACUAUCCGUAACAUGAGUGGUGAAGGAAUUGGUCAAAUUAUAAUCGAAAAAAUCACUAGAUCAGAUGCUGGUACUUAUGUCUGUACAGCUAGAAAUCCAUGCAACGAAGUAUCAACAUCGGCUACAAUUAAAGUUAUUCCUAGAUCAACUGUACCGAGAGAUGAUACAUCAAAGCCAUUAUUUACACGCAUUCUAGGUCAAUUUUAUCAUCUUACAGAAGACGAUUUAAUUUUAGAUGCACAUGUUCGUGGUGUACCUCAACCAGAAAUCAAAUGGUACAAGGAUGGAAUGGAAUUAAAUAAAGCUAUGGAUGAUCGCUAUGACAUUUGUAAUGAUCAUGAUGGUGGAUAUCAAUUUAGAAUUCAUAAACCAGUUUCAACAGAUAGUGGACUCUAUGCUUGUGAGGCAAUCAAUUCUGUUGGUAAAGCAAAAGUCUCUCAUAAACUUGAGUUUACUAACCGCGAAAGACAUACACAUCCACAAUUUGUGUAUCAUAAGGAAUCCUUUUAUCAACCAACGCUUAGAAUGUCUAUUGAACCAGAGCCAGUAAAACAACCAGAAGAAAGUUUUGUUAUGCCUGAAUUUGAUCAAGCUGCUGGUCAAUCUGGAAAUGAUUCAAUCAAUGUUCAAGGAGGAUUACAAGAUACAGGAAGUGGAAAUGGUGCACAAGAAAGCUCCCAGGGUGAUGAUGGAAGUUCAGGUGCUCAGAAUGGAAGCUCAGGUGGAGAUGGUAACGAAGAUGGUGAUGAAAAUAAGGAUAUUCCAAAAAGUACAUCAGAUGUCCCUGAUGAGACUGAAGAAGAAGAAGAAAAGGAGAAGCCUAAGAGAGCAGCUCCAAGAACUAGACGAAGACGUUACGAGGGUCCAGUUGAGCCACUUGUAAUUCGAGAUUCUAAAGAAAAAAUUUCUUUUGCUGUCCAAUUACGAGAUGUAACUGCACCUGCUGGUACUAAUAUCAAACUUUGUUGUCAAAUUGCUGGCCCUGGACCUCAAAUUAAAUGGUUCAAAAAUGGAAAACCACUUGAUCAAUCACCAGAAGUUAGAGUAUCCGGAAAGGAGGGAUUUGGUAUUGUAACAAUAUCAAAAACCAAACCUAAAGAUUCUGGAGUCUACAGAGUUGUUGCUGUCAAUAAGUUCAAUACCAUUGAGUCAACUGCAAAUGUCACUAUUUACCCCAUUGAAGAAGUUGAAGUCAAACCAACAUUUAUUAGAAUCACUGAUUAUUAUCGUCAGGAGGUCGAUGAUCUUGUUAUUGAAGUUCAAGUAAGAGGCGUUCCAACUCCAAAAAUUAUCUGGCAACGUGAUGGUGUUGAACUAGAUAUUUCUGAUAGUGAAAAGUUCUUUAUAAUGCGUGAACCUGAAGGAGUUUAUAAGCUUUGCAUUCACGAUCCUAAUCCAUUGGAUGGAGGUCGAUACAUUGUUCAAGCUUCAAACAAAGCUGGUAAAGAAGAGAUUCGUAAGCUUGUUAAGUUCUUGGGUAAAAAACACUACAAAUAUUUGCCUGGAAUUUAUCAUGCUGAUCCAAAGAAAGCUCAUGAAGAAGAAACAGGAGAUGAGGUUAAGGAAGGAGAGAAAAUUGGUGAACAGCCAGUGACCACUCAAGCUCAACCAGCAGAAGAAGAGGAAGAAAUGGAUAAGUGGGGAAAUGUUAAGCCUAAGAAGGAAAAGAAAAUGAGACUUCGUGAAAAAGUAUUUUUGCCACCAUCUAAAGCAGAAAUUGAACAAGAAAGCUUAGUGCUUAAACAAGUAAGAAAUCAUCUUGAAUUUGAGUCAGAAUUGAAAAAUGCUGCAGCUAAAGUUGGAUCGAAAGUCAAGCUUCUUUGUACUGUGUCUGGUCCGGCUCCUGGUUUAUCUUGGUUCAAAGAUGACGAGCCACUAGAAUUUAGUCCACCAAGAGUUAAGAAUACAUCAAAUGGAAGUUUUGGAAGUAUUACAUUCUUGGCAGUAACACCUGCUGAUGAGGGUGUCUAUAAGUGUGUUGCUGCUAAUGAAUUUGUUGAAGUAUCAUCAGAAUGUACUUUAACAGUUUUGCCAACUCAAGAUCCAAACUGGAUUAAACCAACAUUCACACGAAAUCUUAAAGAAUUCUACGAUUUAAAAACAAAUGACUUGAUUUUGGAAGUACAUACUCGUGGAUAUCCAAGGCCAAGACUUUCUUGGAAUAAAGACGGCUUAGAUGUUGAAGAUGGAGAUGACAAGUUUUUCUCAACCAGACAUCCAGACGGUGUUUAUCGUUUAAAUAUUCAUGACCCACAAAUUAAAGACAGUGGUCGUUAUGGAUGUUCUGCUGUAAAUGAAGCAGGUUCAGAAGAUCUCAAAUACUACCUUAAAGUUAAGAGUAGGGAAGAAUAUAUUCAUACAGCUGGUCUUUAUCAUGCUGAUCCAACACAAUUCGCUAAAUACAAGGAAGAAGAAGAACGUAAGAGAAUCGAGCGUUUGUCUUAUCGUCCAACUCGUCCAAAACCAGAAGAAAAAACAACCGAGCAGUUGAUUGAGGAGAUUGAGGAACAAGCUCUUAAAGAACAUCAACCACCAAUUGACCCAGCAGCAGUUAAAAAGGAACCUGAACAAACUCAGCCUGCAACUGAUGCAAGUGAAGCAUCAGUAGAAUCAACAAAAAAGAGGGAAAGAAAUUGGCUUCAAGGUGCACCAGAAGGAAUUCCAGAACCCGUUGUAGAAGUUGUUAAAAAGCCAAAAUAUCAAUUAGAAUUCCUUACAAAGUUGGAAAAUCGUACAGGUGUUGAAAAUACAGGUGUAAAACUAUUCUGUCAAAUUUCUGGACCUCGUCCUGAAGUUCAUUGGCUACAUAAUGGAAUGCCAAUAGAGAAGAGUGAUGAAAAUAGAAAGAAUAUGAGUAACGAAAAUGUUGCUGCUUUGGCUAUAAUUAAAGCAACAACAGAAGACUCUGGUGAAUAUACUUGCAUAGUAAAGAACAGAGAAUGCAAAAUUGAAGCUGUAUGUAAUCUUACAAUUUUGGCACUUCCAAAAGAACCAGAGAAGGGAAUCCCACCACAAUAUCCAUUUGGCAUGAAGUACUCAUUUAAUUCACAAACUGAUGAGAUGAUUAUUGAAUGUGUCGUUCGUGGAACUCCAAGACUAUUCAUUAAAUGGUAUAAGGACGCAAGACAAAUUGAAAAUGAUGAUAAAUAUUUGAUGUCACGUGACGGUGAAAUUUAUAAGCUUUUUGUUCAUAAACCAACUUUCAGAGACAGUGGAAUCUAUUUGUUGCAAACAGAAAAUGCUUACGGCAUGGAAUUCUUAAAAUAUGUUAUUGAAUUUGAGCAAAAAGAUCAGCCAGUUGUAAGUGGUUUCAUUUAUCAUGCUGAUUUGACAAAAACAAAGAAAUAUCAAAACGAAGAAGAACGAAAGAAGGCUGAAAGAAUGGCAUACAAACCUCCACCACUACCAGAACAACCAAACGAAGAAGAAAAACCAGUAGAGGCUGUUCCUGAACAAGCUGAAGUUGAAGUAGUAGAAGAAGAAAGUGAAUAUGAGACAACUGAUUCAGAAUAUGAUGAAGAGGGUGAAUUAAUUGAAAAAGAGAGACGUAAGAAGGUUAAAGCUCCAAAAGAACCAACCCCACCUCCUAAAGAACCCACACCCCCACCAAAAGAACCAACCCCACCUCCUAAAGAACCAACACCCCCACCAAAAGAACCUACACCCCCUCCUAAGGAACCCACUCCAGUAAAAGAACCAACACCAGUCGAAAUUGUACGAGAAGAAACUGGAAAGAAGGAAAUCGAGAAACCAUUGCAUGUAUUUAGAGCACACAAGAUCACAGAGUUUAGAAAGAAUGCAGAAGUCCCAGUUGAAAUUCUUAAGAGACUCCUUAGUACUGUAGCAAAGGUUGGAUCAAAGAUAAAAUUGUCAUGUUGUAUAUCUGAAAGUGAUCCUCGAAUUAAAGCAAUUUGGACUAAAAAUGGCGAGCCAUUAGAAACUGAUUCAAGAUUCUCAGCAAAUGCCACAGAAGAUGGGUAUAUUUCACUUGAAAUUAAGGCUGUAGAGUUCACUGAUGAAGGAAGAUAUAAAGUUGUAAUUAAAACGAAAAAGGGUGAGAUUUCAAGUGAAUGUGAUGUCAGUGUUUAUGGCGAGGAAGAGAAAUCAGUUGAUGAUGUUCCACCUACAUUAUUAUCAGCAAUCACAGACCUUUAUCGUCCAGUUUACAAUGACAUGUUAAUUGAAAUAAGAAUUAGAGGUACACCAAAGCCUAAAAUCACAUGGGUACGUGAUGGACUUCCAAUUGAUCCAUGGAAGCAAUAUCAAAAGUAUCAAGUAAAGCAUGAUGAUGUUAAUAAUAUUUAUACUCAACAAUUGAUCAUUACAAGUCCAAAUCAAUAUCGUGAUAAUGGCAAGUACAUUAUUAUAGCUGAGAAUAGAGCUGGAACUCUUGAGCUUGUACACAUGCUUGACUUUGAAGGCAGAAAGAUUGAACCAAAGAGAAAACGAAUGGAUGACAUCUUUAUUGUAAAUGAAGUACCUAGAGUUAACCCAAAACCAAAGACCCCAACGCCACCACCAGUCGAAGUCGUGCCAGAGCCUGAAGAAGUUAAGGAAGAGGUAGUCGAAGAGGAAGUGGAAGAAGAGGAAGAAGAGAACGAAGACGAAGAGGAUUAAAAUGAUUAAUUAUAUUAUAAAAAUCUUUUUCUAAUUUUAUAGGAAUGAGUGCCAAUUUUGUUCUUAAAAUUUAUCAAAAUGUGUGAGUUUUUGCAUCAAUAAAAGUAUGACAAAGAAAACUAUUUUACUGAUUAAUAAGUUACAAAAGAUCUUCAGGAUUACUGGAUGUUAAUAAAGUUGCAAUUUUCUUGCUCAAUUCAGGUCCAAUGCGUCGGUAUUUUGAUAAUGGACCAGUUUUGAUGAUUUGGAUAUCUGCAAGCAUUUGAUUCUUAUUAUCACAAGUUUUAUAAGCUUCAAUUAGCUUUCUAGGCAUUGGGUAUUCUUUAGAAAUUGAUUGAGCAACGUCGAAUGUGACUUUUGGAAGACAGUUUAAUUGAGCAUUCCAAAGACGAGCAUAUGAGUCUGGAUCAUUCUCGAUAACAUUAACUUUAACAUCACUACAAAGAAAUAGCUGUUCCUGAUCAAGUUUGUGAUUUUGCUUGCUUUUAAACGGUUCUUCAGCUAUUGCUUUGCUGAUUUGUGAAACUGUUAAAGCUAAAUCAUCAGGUGUUUCAUGCAAUCUAUGACUACAAUUAGCAAGUAUUUGCAGUUGUGUUAAUUUGAUUUCAGUCUCCUUCAUGCCAAUUUUGUUCUUGUUUUUUCUGCAGUAAGUCUUCAAUCCAUAAACUACUAAAGUUGUUGAUAUCGCUUCCGUUGAACAUAAUUCCUGAGCAGAUUGUACAAUAUUCAUUAAUUGAUUCUCUUUAACUGCUUUAGCAAAUUCAUCAGCCAUCAAAAUAAUUAAUAAGUAAGGCUCAUCCUUCUCAACAUCGUCAAACUGGAUGAUUUUUCCAUCCUCAGUAAUAAUCUUUUGAUUCAUUUGUCGCUUCCACGUUAUUGUAUUUGGUGUAGCACUACUUGAUAUUUCAGCCUUCAUAUCUAGUUCCGUUAACUUUUGUAUUAUUCUACUUCCAGCCAAUUCUUCAGUUAUUUUAUUGUAAAUUACUGCUUUAAUAUACUUAUUACAUUCUCCUGGCUUUAAUACACGUUCCUGUUCUAAUCUAAACUUCCUCUUCUGUACUUCGAUUCGACGACGUUCCUUUUGUGUUAUCUUUCCCUCUUUAUCAGCUUCCUCCAUGGUUUAAUUAAUAAAACUUUAAAGAUGUAAACAAAAC